GUUGACAGGAACAACAUCACUGCUCUGAGCACACAUUAUUUAUGGGGGAAGAAUUACCUCACUUAACGAAAACGCUUCUCUUUCAUAUGAGCUAGCGACUGACAGUUAUUUUACAAGAUCAGGUCUUCUACAGUGAGGUAUACAAGCCGCGAAAUUCACUAUGCUGCCCUGCUGGACUUGAACAGACUGAAGAUAACUUUAGAGGCUGCUGCAUCUGUCAGAGCUUGAACUCGCAGUAAGAGGAAGAGAUGGGGAACACAGCAACCAAGUUCCGUAAGGCUCUCAUAAACGGGGAUGAGAUGCUGGCCUGCCAACUGUAUGAGAGUAAUCCACAGUUCAAGGAAGCUCUGGAUCCCAACUCUACAUACGGAGAGUCCUACCAGCACAACACUCCACUACACUAUGCUGCCCGGCACGCAAUGACACGCCUACUCAGGUCUUUUCUCUUCAGCAAAGAUGGAAAUCCUAAUAAGCGUAAUGUGCACAAUGAAACAUCACUACACCUUCUUUGCAUGGGACCUCAGAUCCUGACCUCAGAGGGGGCUCUGCAGCCCCGCAUCUCACGACCAUAUGAGGACGAACAGCGUCGUGCGGAGUGUCUACAAAUCAUCCUUUCUUGGACUGGUGCAAAGCUUGACCGUGGAGAGUAUGAAAGUGCUGAUAUCAAUGCCACUGACAACAAGAAAAACACCUGCUUGCACUAUGCUGCCGCCUCAGGCAUGAAGACUUGUGUUGAGUUUCUGGUACACAGAGAAGCAGACCUAUUUGCGGAGAACGAAAACCGCGAGACUCCAUGUGACUGUGCAGAGAAGCAGCACCACAAGGAGUUGGCCCUGUGCCUGGAGUCGCAGAUGGUCUUCUCUCUUGCCCCUGAGGCAGAGGGUAUAGAGGCGGAGUAUGCAGCCCUCGACCGGAGAGAGCUGUAUGAGGGCCUGCGGCCUCAGGAUCUACGUAGGCUGAAGGAUAUGCUGAUAGUGGAGACAGCCGACAUGCUUCAGGCCCCGCUCUUCACCGCAGAGGCACUGCUACGUGCACAUGACUGGGAUAGAGAGAAGCUUUUAGAAGCCUGGAUGAAAAAUGCAGAAGAAUGCUGUCAACGCUCAGGGGUACAGAUGCCCAACCCACCUCCAAGUGGCUACAACGCCUGGGACACGUUGCCCUCCCCCCGGACUCCACGGACCACCCGCUCCUCCAUCACCUCUCCAGACCAAUUCAGCCUCAUCCCUGCUGAUGAUGAGUCUUCUCUGUGUGGUAUCUGCAUGUCUUCCAUCUCCGUCUUUGAGGAACCUGUUGAUAUGUCCUGCGGCCAUGAGUUCUGCAGAGCAUGCUGGGAAGGGUUUCUGAAUUUGAAGAUCCAAGAGGGUGAAGCCCACAACAUCUUCUGCCCAGCGUUCGACUGCUACCAGCUCGUGCCCGUGGAGGUCAUAGAGAGUGUGGUCUCGAGGGAGAUGGACAGGCGCUAUCUCCAGUUUGACAUCAAGGCUUUUGUGGAGAACAAUCCAGCAAUCCGGUGGUGUCCUGAGGCGGGAUGUGAAAGGGCUGUGCGACUGAACACCCAGGGUCCUGGAAGCUCAACCUCAGACCCUCUAAGUUUUCCCCUCCUUAGAGCCCCUGCUGUAGAUUGUGGCAAGGGUCACCUCUUCUGCUGGGAGUGUCAAGGCGAGGCCCAUGAGCCCUGUGAUUGUGAGACCUGGAAGUCAUGGCUACAGAAAGUUACUGAGAUGAGACCUGAAGAACUGGCUGGUGUGAGUGAAGCUUAUGAGGAUGCAGCCAACUGCCUGUGGUUGCUCACUAACUCCAAAUCCUGUGCCAAUUGCAAGUCCCCGAUACAGAAAAAUGAGGGCUGCAACCACAUGCAGUGCGCCAAGUGUAAGUAUGACUUCUGCUGGAUCUGCCUGGAGGAGUGGAAAAAGCAUAGCUCAUCAACUGGAGGCUACUAUCGCUGCACCCGAUAUGAAGUUAUCCAGCAGGUGGAGGAGCAGUCAAAGGAGAUGACUGAAGAGGCAGAGAAGAAACACAAGAGCUUUCAGGAACUUGACCGUUUCAUGCACUACUACACACGCUUCAAGAACCAUGAACACAGCUACCAGCUGGAGCAGCGCCUGUUAAAAACAGCCAAAGAGAAGAUGGAGCAACUCAGCCGAGCUCUGAGUGGAAGAGAAGGAGGCCCACCUGACACUACUUUCAUUGAAGAUGCGGUCCUAGAACUACUAAAGACUCGUCGCAUUCUGAAGUGCUCUUAUCCUUAUGGGUUCUUUCUGGAGCCCAAAAGCACAAAGAAAGAGAUCUACGAGCUUAUGCAGACGGACUUGGAGAUGGUGACCGAGGACCUUGCGCAGAAAGUGAACCGGCCUUACUUGCGGACUCCGCGCCACAAGAUCAUCCGCGCAGCGUGUUUAGUGCAGCAGAAAAGGCAGGAGUUCUUGGCCUCCGUAGCCAGAGGAGUGGCCCCCAAUGACUCUCCAGAGGCCCCCAGGCGCAGUUUUGCCGGCGGCACAUGGGACUGGGAGUAUUUAGGAUUUGCAUCACCUGAGGAAUAUGCUGAGUUCCAGUAUAGACGGAGACACCGGCAGCGGAGGCGAGGUGAUAUGUCCAGUCUCCGUAGCAACACACCAGACCAGGAUGACCAAAGCGACGGCACUUUAGAUGACACACAGGAUCUUGGAGGUGGACGUAGACAAGCUCCCCUGAUGGGUCUUGGCUCUUUGGAUGACGACGACCCUAACAUCCUCCUGGCCAUUCAGCUGUCCCUUCAGGAGUCUGGGAUGGCAGGGGGCGGGUCCAUCCACGAGGUCCAAGCCAAUGAAGCGUCACUGGGUGCGAUCGGCACCUCCCUGCCGUCUCGUCUUGAACAGAGCGCCCCGGGUGUGGACGCCCUCCCCAGAGCCUCGCUGAGCAGCUCCGAGCUGCUGGAGCUGGGGGAAAGUUUGGCUAGACUCGGCACCCACUACUCUGCUCCCAUGGGUGCCCCCACCUCUGCACAGCAUUCUGACAGUCACCACAGGACCUACAGGGCAUCCGUACCCAUACCGGUGAAUCCAGGUGGAAGCAACUCCUCCACAGGCCUCUUCUCCUCCUCCAGCGACACCAUAGACUCGAUGACGUGCGGCAGCCACAACCCGUCCUCAUCCUCCGCGUUGGCGGCGAACGCUAACCUGCUGGGCAACAUCAUGGCCUGGUUCCAUGACAUGAAUCCUCAAGGCAUCACCCUGGUCCCGCCGACUUCCUCCGACACCGACUCCAACCUGGCCGCACUCCACGCAGAUGAGGACGGAUGCCUGCAGGACGAGGACGACGCAUCCGGCGUGGUCGUCCUCCCUGAAAACAAGAAACCUCAGGAAGUGGCGGGAGACAUGGCGUUCUGCUCUCAGAGACUCGGCGACACGGAGGAGAAGGAGUGUGCGCCGGUCGCCGAGAGGCCGACCCAGUUGGACCUGGUGGGGCUGGACGCCGUGCCGCUGCCUUACAUGGCCACGCUCGACCCAAGCGGAGAACGCGCCGAUCGGGGAGCGUUGAAGGUAUGCCACGUCGACACUCCACGGUGUGACUCUAUGUCGGACCAGCUGCCCAGCACCAGCUCUUCUGAGUGGGAGGAACAAGUGCACUUGGUAUGAUCUGACGGGCACAAAGAGGACGGAGCGAUAUCAGAAGGCCAAAAAAACCACUAUAGAUAGCAAAAUCAGUCGCAGAGUAUGUGUAGUAUCUCAUCAGAACGAAUGUAACCAGCAUGAAGGACACAUCAGUUUGCACCUGGUUGAAAAGAAGAAGGUGGGAUUCCUUCAUUUACUGUAACGUCAGCUCUACAACAACCAACUGUAUGAGAAGAAAACAGGAACUGAAGAAAACAUUAACCAUUUUCGAGGAUAGGUUUCCUUAAAUAGAUUCUGUGCUGAUAGAAAAAUUACUAAGAUGCUUUUUUUUUUCCAGAAAUCCGAUACAGACACAUAGGCUUAGAGACUUUAGCAGAGUGCAGGUGUGUGUGUGUGUUGGUUUUUUUUUUUCCACUGGAGCAGAACCUACUGUAUGUGUUCAGAUCAGGUCAGCUGUACAUAAAGAUCAGAUGAAUAAUUAGUUUGAAGACUGACUCUGUAGGUUACAGGCUGAGACACAGAUGUCACUCCUGUCCACCUCUGCCUACUUUAUAGGUGCCAAACACUGACUAGCAAAAGCACAGUUUGCAGUCACCAAGUGGAUUCUUCAAAGCAAAUUGUGCCUGCUUAUUACAAUCUCAACAACUCAGCUGAACUGAAAUGUGAAAGUCUCGAGCCAUAUUUUUUAUUAUUUGAGAUUUCGGCUGGGUGAUAUUCUCAGAUGUCACUAAAAAAAAAAAAAAAAGAAAAAAAAAGCUGUAGUGUGCUGUAGUGUAAAUCUGUAGUUAAGACCAAAAUGGUUGUGUUCUUUAUGACGUGAAACAUUUCACAAGAAGUUUGAUUAAUUUAUUCCA